AUGACAAUCAGUUUUAGAGUGAUAGCCAAGCUUGCUACGCCUAUCAUCGGCAACGUAAUUUGUUUAUCGCGAGCGCAAUUAAGUACAGUAAGAAUGACAUCGAAUCCGGAUUAUAAAGCUGCGACAUCCAUUCACGAAUUUACAGUCAAAAACAUUAAAGGUGAAGACGUGAAGCUGGAUGUCUACAAAGGCCAUGUUUGUAUCAUUGUGAAUGUUGCUUCUCAGUGCGGCCUUACUGCGAACAAUUACAAACAAUUGAAUGAGCUCUAUGAACAAUACGGAGAGAGCAAAGGUCUCCGCAUUCUGGCUUUCCCUUGUAAUCAGUUUGCUGGUCAAGAGCCUGGCAAUCCAGAAGAGAUAGUUUGCUUUGCCUCUGAGCGUAAAGUCAAAUUCGAUUUGUUUGAGAAAGUUGAUGUCAAUGGAGACAAUGCCAGUCCACUGUGGAAGUAUUUGAAGCAUAAGCAAGGAGGCACCCUUGGUAGCUUCAUCAAGUGGAACUUUACCAAGUUCAUCAUAAACAAGGAUGGAGUUCCAGUUGAACGCCACGGCCCCAAUACUGACCCGUUGGAUUUGGUCAAAUCACUUGAAAAAUAUUGGUGA